AACACCGGAGAGCGACAAGUAGCCUACGCCAGUAAUGUUGGGCUCAGAGGACCACGGAGAGACUCGUAAACGAAACGGUAGCGGAAUGAAGCGUCCAUUGAGUCCUGUUGAAGACGGGUUGCUGACUGAACAGACUGGGCAUGAGGGUGUGUCCUCUGAAGGGGUGGAGUUUACAAGACAGAAAGCCCCACCGAUAAACUCUCGUCCAAAGCGGGAGCGCAAACACAGGUCGUACACACUCUGUGAAGUGUGCAACAUUCAGCUGAACUCCGCAGCACAAGCACAGAUACACUACAAUGGCAAAACACACCAGAAAAGACUCAAACACAUAAACAACAACAACACAGGUACGGCUGCUCAUGGGAGCCCCCUGCUGGCCUCAUUACCGGUGCAGGGUCGCCUGCUGCAGACCCCUCUGGACCUGAAAAACUUCCUGCCCUUCCGGCUCAGUGGCUCCUCCCCCCUCAACCUGUUCCCCAACUUCAACACUAUGGACCCGGUGCAGAAGGCUGUGAUAAACCAUACAUUUGGUGUUCCUCAGUCCCUGAAGAAAAAACAGGUCAUCUCAUGCAAUAUCUGCCACCUGCGCUUCAACUCCACGAAUCAAGCUGAAGCUCAUUAUAAAGGCCAUAAACAUGCUCGUAAGAUGAAGGCAUUAGAGGCUCAGAAGAACAAACAGCAGAGACGACAACUCGACAACGCACAUCACAACCGAGACAGAGAGAAGGACCGAGAGAGGGACAGGGAGAGAGACAGCAACAGAGUGAAAACGAGCGCUCCGGAUCCACUUCCUGCCCUGCUGGAUGACACCGCCAUGGAGGAAACUGCUGCCUGUGACUCAGAUCCUGUCGUGAGGGUGGAUGAUGCUCACUCUAGUUCGGUGGUCCUGACACCUAUAUCGGAGGUGUCAUCUGCGGACCUGUCUGUCUCCUCCCCUCACUUCCAGAACCCGGACGGUCUGCUGGAACCCACCGGUGCCACCAGCGAGCCAGCCACUCAGCAGGACAACCCUACGGGGGACACACCGGCAGAGAAAGACCCCAAAAAGACCAAACAACAUCUGCAUUGCCCCAUCUGCAAAGUCACAGUCAACUCCACCACUCAGAUGGAUGCUCACAAUAGUGGCACCAAGCAUAAACUAAUGAUGGAAGGACAGAGUGUUUUGCCACGACGACGAGGGAAGGCAAUGUCGUCCCGCCCCUCAUGUAAAAGCAAGCGAUUGGCCAGUAAGGGGAGUGUGGGCGUGGCCAGCAAAAGCUUCUACUGUGAAGUUUGCGAGAUCCAUGUUAACUCUGAGGCUCAACUUAGCCAGCACAUGAACAGCCGAAGGCAUAAGGAUAGACUAGCUGGGAAGCCUCCGAAGCCCAAGUUCAACCCUCACGCCAAGAGCCAGCCUACCUCAGCAGCAUCGCAGGGUGUCAGAUGGAACGGUUAUGCGGGUGGUGCAGUGUCUGCUAUGAAGAAAAUUAUCAACCAAUACAAUCUGUCCUCUCUGUCCUCACAGACUAAACUGGUUCUACAGAAGCAAUUGACAAAAAAUCUGACCGCCAGCUUCCUUCCCACCCCCUUAACUCCACCCACCCUCUGCACAGUCGCAGCCAAUCCUCUCGCACUGCGACACCCGCCGGGCACUACUUUCAUUCAGACGCCCAUCCUCGGCCCUGCCCUCUUUAGGCCAGCGCCCGGACCUCUGAGAGCAACACACACUCCCAUCAUAUUUUCCCCUUAUUGAUCACCUCGAAACAAAACAAACACGCUCUUACAACAAGGCUGCACAUUCACGUGAUUUAGUUUUACGAUCCGUUCUCAGAACUGACGGUCUCUGUGCAAACUUCGUCCGUGCUCCCACUCUCUCCAAGCUGUAUACACUUAAGUAUAUAAACACAAGCACACACUCCCAUAGUGUUCCCUGUCCUCCUCAAAAACUGUGACUCUGAGAGGGUCACUCUUGAACUAUGCAGCAAAG